AUGGUCAUAGACGACACGAUCAAGCAGGAUCUGGCUAAUGUCCUCAAGGAUGAGGAGAACCUUUGGGCUAUGAAAUCCAGAGUUGAUUGGCUGACUGCUGGGUCUCAUUCCUCUCUCAUCCAAACUCCUUCAUGGGAUGAAAUUAAAUCUGCUCUUUGGUCCUUAAAACAUUUCAAAGCUCCUGGGCCUGAUGGCCUUCAUGCGGGGUUUUAUCAGAAAUGCUGGCACAUUACUGGGAAAGUUUUUGCCAAGCUAUUCAGAAGGCUUUAUCCUCCUUUUAUCAUUGCCAAUAGUAUUAAACCCUUUUUGGAUGACCUGAUUAGUUCCAUGCAAGGGGCUUUCGUUGCUAGAAGGAGAGCCUCUGAUUAUGUGAUCCUGGCCCAAGAAUGUUUGCACUCUACUAGGACCAGCAUGGCCAAGGAUGGAUGGAUGAUCAUUAAGAUCGAUUUGGAGAAAGCUUUUGACAGACUUGAAUGGAGUUUUAUCAAGAAGAUGCUCGAUUUUUACAAUUUCCCUAGGGAGUUGGUUCAGCUUAUCAUGUCUGCUAUUACGGAUCCCUCCCUUACUGUAAUGGUUAAUGGCUCACCUUCAAAGGAGUUUGAGGCCUCCAGAGGGAUUAGACAGGGAGAUCCUAUCUCUCUCUAUAUUUUCAUUCUUUGUAUGGAAUAUCUUUCCUUAUGCAUUGAACAUGAAUGUAAGGAAGGUUUAUGGAAGCCGAUUCAAGUUGGAAGAAAUGGUCCUAGAAUCUCUCAUCCUUUAUUUGCUGAUGAUAUUCUACUUUUUGCAAGCGUCACCCCCCAAAACUGUAACUCUAUCCUGAAGUUUAGGAAGACUUUAAACUUGGAAAGAUACUUUGGGAGCCCCCUGUUAGACAGAGCACCAAAGAGAAUGGAUUACUCCUUUCUUCUCGAAAACUUGAGAGGGAGAUUAGCUGGUUGGAAGGCCAAAACUUUGUUCUUGGCUGGGAAGGCAACUCUAAUUCAGUCCGUAACUUCAGCCAUUGUCGACUACCCAAUGCAAACUGCAGUUCUACCGGCUUCUGUGCAUCUGGAAGUUGAUAGAUUACACAGAAAUUUUUUGUGGGGUGACACUCUUGAGAAGAAAAACAUGCAUUUGGUUGGAUGGGAUAAAGUGGCCAAAAGAAAGAAAUUUGGAGGUAUUAAUGUUAAGAAGGCAAAAUGGAGGAAUCUGACCUUUAUGGCUAAGCUUAUUUGGAGAAUAAAGAAGAAGCCUAAUGAGCAGUGGGUUAAAUGCUUGAGGGCUAAGUAUAACUCCUCUCUCCUUGACAAAAGAGCAACAAAUAACUCCAUCACUUGGAGUAGUAUCUGCAAGGGGAAAAGGAUUUUUCAGAAUGGUUGUAAGAAGAUCAUCAGAACAGGCAAUCAGACCUCCUUUUGGCAUGACAGAUGGGCCACUGAUUUUUCACUGAGAUCUCUCAUCCAAGGCCCUCUUAAUAGGGAUGAGGAGGAGUUGCUUGUUUCCCAUUACCUGUUGGAUAAUGGUGGUUGGAACUUGGGUAUUCUCUCCUUUGUAUUUCCCUCCGAGAUUGAGGAUCUUAUUACCUCCACUGUCUCUUCUCCUUACUCUUUUGGGGAGGAUAAGAUGAGUUGGUCCAAUUCUUCCUCUGGUGAUUUUUCCCUUCAAACAGCCUAUUCUUUGGCUAUUAAGGAUCCUAGAGACUCCAAUCCUUUUUGGUCUAAGCUAUGGAAGGCAAAUUGUUACCCCCGUGUUAAAUACUUUCUGUGGACUCUUGCUCAUUAUAGUCUCUGCACCAAAGCUAUGCUUAAUCACACAGAGGGAUCAGCAGCGAGAUUUGCUGUGAUAUUUGUCCUGAAUAUUUUCUCUUUUCUUUCACCUCUUUUUGUUACUACCACUCUUUUGCUUCUUGCUUUUUUAACUCUGACUCCUACGCCUAGGCCUAGCUUUGUCAACCAACAAGGCUCUGUUUGCCACCUCGAAUUGCCAGAAUCCAGUUCCAAGGUGAGUUUCCUACUUACUACCUACCAAACACUCGUUGAAACGUUGAGGUCUAAAGUUGAGGAUCAAAGUGAUGGGUUUGGGUGCUUGGAAGAGCUUGAAGCUUAUAAGAUGGUGUUCGAAACCGAAACGUCACCCACUGAUGAGGUUUUGGAAAUUGAGUCCAAUGAAGAUUCCCUUGAAGCUGUUGAAGCUCCCCUUGAAAACAAUUUAGACGAAGAAAAACCAGCGGAAAUUGCGCGCCCUGAAGCUAAUAAUCAGGUAAGGGCAGUCGUGAAACUGUUUGGAGACUUCUUGCAGGAAAAAGAAGGGGUUGAAAAUUUGUCGUCCAAAAGGAGAGAAAAAGAAGUCAAGUCACUAAUUAGCUUAGAGUCCAAUAAAGGUGAUGAGGAACAAGAAGAAGCAGAAGAAUUCAUGAGCGGAUCCAAGGCAGCAGCAAUGCUUGGGAAUAUUGUUACCGACAAGGACCAAACAAUGGAAUGGAAUAGUCCUCUUGGGAAUUUCGGGUCAGUGACGAAAGAAAAAGAGUGGAGAAGAACAUUGGCAUGCAAGCUUUUUGAGGAGAGACACAAUGUGGAUCAUCAUGGUGGUGGUGAUGGAAUGGACUUGCUUUGGGAGACUUAUGAAACUGAUCAUUCUAAUUCUAAUAAGGUGCAACUCAAAAAUAGCUCCUCCAAGAAAGGAAAGAAAGGCGGUAUGAGCAACGAGUACUAUGAUGUUGAUGAGGAGGAUGAGUAUGAGGAAGAAUCAGAUGGUCAGCUUUGCUGCUUACAGGCUCUCAAGUUCUCUGCAGGCAAGAUGAAUUUGGGAAUGGGAAGGCCUAAUCUUCUCAAGAUCUCUAAGGCCCUCAAAGGGAUUGGAUGGUUGCACCAUGUUGGCACCAGGCAUGCCAAGAAAGGGUACCAUUGA